UGUAGAUUGCUCGCUCCUUUAUUUUGCGGGUUUAUCCGUUCCAUCCGGUUGAGUAGUGUCUCAGCGGGUUUAUCCGUUCCAUCCGGUUGAUAAAGUCUCAUCGGACGUGUCGGAGCGGUAGGAGUGGAACGACAGCCACGAACCUGACAGAUAUUCAAAACAUUUUCCCUCGAGCCUUGUCUCGACGAUGUUUACUUCUAGAGCCAGAAGAACACAGCGCAGGGAGGGUACUGUCUGGCUGAUGUGAUGAUGUGAUGUGGAUUGUAGACUAGGCUAUUGAACUGAACGUCCAUCCUCUCUAUAUGACACCAUGAACCCUGCGUCGGGCGGCGCUGCCGACUCCCGCAGCCAGCUAGACAAUAGCAACAGAAGGCAGCAGCUACAGCGCGCUUCCUCCCCGGCUGGCGGCAAAGACAUUGGAUCUAAAGAGACACCGAAAAGCAGCACUCCGUCAAAGAGCAUCGCGUCAAAGCAGUGCGGAGGAGGGAGAGGCAGCCGCGGCAGCUCCCCGGUCUCCACGGCAACCAGCAAAGACAGACAGUCUUUUUCUUUCAAAGGCGCGGCAAGCGUGGCAGGCGCGGUCCCUGUCCAGUCCGAUGGUGCUGAAAUCCAUACGUUGACCAGGGCGGCGGCGGCGGCUGGGAGCGGCAGAGGAGCGGCAGAGGAGCGCAGCAGUCAGUCUGAAGACUCGCGUUGUACUGAUAUAUCGUGUUUGAAGGGGGAUACAACACGGGUUGUUUCUGAUCAACCUUGUUCAUCCAAAUCUCCUAAAUUGAAGAACAAUAACCCGAGAGGAGGGGGAGGAGAAGGUGAGGCUAGCGGUACAACGACCGGAAACAAAAAAACCUCUGGCAAGAGCAGUGUGGGCUGCGGCCCUGGCUUCUGGAGAGAGGGAUGUUUGCAGUCUGAGCUGAUCCAGUUUCACCUGAAUAAAAGCUUAAAAAAAGGAGGAGGAAAGAUGAAGACAAAGACACAGUCUCCCCCGGAGCCGGUCACAGAAACGGCGGUACCAGAGGAUCUCUCCCCUGAGGCCAUCGUUAACGAGCCCGAACCGGUACCUGAGCCCGACCAGCUAUUUCAGGAGGAGAUAGAGAAACUGGAGGAUGAAAAUGAUGAGCUAAAGACUGAGAUAGAGGAGAUGAGAGCGGAGAUGGACGAGAUGAGAGACACGUUCUACGAAGAGGACGCGUGCCAGCUGCAGGACAUGCAUCGCGAGCUGGAGCGAGCCAAUAAGAACUGCCGGAUUCUCCAGUACCGUCUGAGGAAGGCGGAGAGGAAGAGGAUGAGGUUCGCUCAGACGGGAGAGGUAGACGGAGAGCUACUGAGGGCCCUGGAGCAGGACUUGAAGGUAGCGAAGGAUGUGUCAGUGCGUCUGCACCAUGAGUUGGAGAAUGUGGAGGAGAAAAGGACGAAGACAGAGGAGGAGAACGAGAAGCUAAGGCAAAAGCUGAUAGAGGUGGAGGUGACCAAGCAGGCCCUGCACAACCAGCUGGAGAAGGCCAAGGAGCUGUCACUGAAGAGGAGAGGAGGCAGGGACGUUCAGAAAGAGAAGAGGAUUCCACAGACUCCAAUAGAAGAGGACAACGAAGAUCUGAAAUGCCAGUUGGCCUUCAUCAAGGAGGAAGCCAUUUUAAUGAGGAAGAAGAUGGCUAAAAUUGACAAGGAGAAGGACCGGCUGGAACACGAGCUGCAGAAGUAUCGCUCUUUCUACGGGGAUGUGGAUAGCCCUGGGCCCAAGGGAGAGGCUGGUGGACCAGCUACCACCCGGGAGUCAGAGCUGAAACUGAGACUGAGGCUGGUGGAGGAGGAAGCCAACAUCCUGGGGAGGAAGAUCGUAGAGUUGGAGGUGGAAAAUAGAGGACUGAAGGCUGAACUGGAGGACAUGAGAGACAGGGAUGAGGUGGCUGGAGGCUCGGCUGAGCAUGGCUGCAGCAGGGAGCAGGGAGAGGAACUCAGGGAGCUGAGACAGCAGCUACAGCUGGUGGAGGACGAGGCAGAGCUGCUCAGGAGGAACCUGCAGGACGCAGAGGAGGACAACAACAAGGUGACGGGAGAGCUGAACAAGCUGAAGUACAAGGAGGGCUCCAGGCACGGCGCUGGUGGUGGAGGAGGUGGUGGUGUCGGAGCGGCUGCAGACCGGGCCAAGGUGGAGGUCCUGCAGGAGGAGCUAAAGGCUGCCAGGCUGCAGAUCAACGAGCUGAGUGGCAAGGUGAUGCAGAUGCAGUAUGAGAACCGUGUCCUGCUGUCCAACAUGCAGCGCUACGACCUGGCAUCACACCUGGGCAUCAGGGCCAGCCCCCGGGAAAGUGACGCAGAGAGUGACGGAGGAGAUGACGCCUCCACCUCAUCGCGCUUCCCACCCCACCGUAAACGAGAAGGCCCCGUCGGAGGGGAGUGCGACUCGGACGAGGUGCGUAACAUCCGGUGCCUGACCCCCACGCGCUCCCCUCUACACCCCCGAGGGCCGUUUCUCCCCCGCAGCCUGAAGGACCGGCAGCAGAUGGUAGACAUCCGUCUAGAAGCAGAGCGGCUGGGUCGGACCAUCGACAGGCUGAUAGCGGACACCGGUACCAUCAUGGCUGAGGCCCGGGUCUAUAUGGUCUCCAACGGGGAGCUUUACGAGGAGGAAGGGAGCACCGUCAGAGAACAUGAGUUGUUGUACAGGAUCACCGCUCAGAUGAAGGCCUUCAGGAAGGAGCUGCAGGGAUUUAUAGACAGACUGGAUGUCCCCAAGCCAGAGGACAAAGAGGAAGAGGAACCACUGUCUGGAGGGGAGAACAGAAGGAUUUUGUUGGAUCUUAAGACUGUAGUGGAGGAGGUGCAGCUAGAGGUGAAGAGAGAGGAGUCCAAGAGGAGCGAGCUACAGCUGCAGUACACUAAGGACAGAUGUGCCUGGGAACUGGAGAGAGCUCAGCUGAAAUGCAGAAUCGCACAGUUGGAGGCUAGAGGAGGUCCUGUCGUUGAGUUGGGGCUGAGAACUCAGAGUCCAGAGCCCAGGGAGAGUACUCUUCAUCGGAGGGACAGAGAGCAGCAGAGGAGGCUGCUGGUUGACACCCACACGGCAGCCAUGGACGUGCGCUGCAGGCUGGAGCUCAGCGAGAAGGGCUGGGUCCGAGAGAAGUCUGAACUGCUGGAGAGAUUCAACUCUGAGAGGAAGGAGUGGGAGAGCCAGCUGGGAGACAUGCAGAGGAAGAUACAGGAGAUGUACGACGAGGUGAAGGUGAGGCGUGAGGUAUCUGGGGAGAUGAGAGAACCUGUCGGAGAGAUUACAGAGGAAGUCACCCUGAGUGUCAGCGUACAUUCCACCAGCACAGGAUCCAGCAUGCUUAGCGACAACUCGACCGCCGACCCACGAAGCAGCGGCGGCGGCGGCCAAUCAGAGCCCGCCAACCAACACGGCUCCUACCCCCGUCGUCACGGCAACGACGACUUCGCCGCCCACAGAAACCGGGUGGAUCACCGUGGCGACAGAGGAAACCCCCGUAACUAUGAUGCCUGUGUUGGUAACCAGGAAGUGGACAUGACAGAACUGGAGGCCAUCCUGCGAGGGGUUGACAGAGAUUCUCCCUCUAAAGGGGGUAUGGUUGAUGUCCAUCACGUCUCCCACGGUGGACCUAUUGUAGGACUAACCCACAGCACUGAGAUGAGCUCUGGGACAUGGACUGACAAGAAGGAGAAUAAUACAGCCCUCAAUGCUGCCCUGAAUGAGAUAGCCCGUGUGAGUGAAGAGCUGUGUAGCUACCAGGAUGAGAUCAGUAGGAAGUCCGGAGAGGACAAGAGGGGUCGAACCGAGUCCGUGUAUUUCCCCAAGGUGGACCAUGUUACGACCAGAGAGAGAAUGGAGGACCCUGCCUUCAACCUGAAGCAGCUGGUAGCUGAUCUCCGGGCCCUGGAAGAGGAGAACUGGCUGUCCAUCAGGAUGGACCCCACCAGUGGCCCCAGUCACGUCAAGGACCCCACAUCCAAGCCCCCUGAGAGGGAGAGAGAAGCCCCUCCGCUCUCCCCUCUGCUGAUUCCUCCUCCUAUCCCUCCUCGGACAACAUCAUGGUACCUCGCCAGCCCCUCCCCUGAACUACAUGUCCCAGAAUCCCUCAGUGGCUCAGGCAGGAAGUGCCACAGCCCCUGUCUCCUGUUAGACAGGAUGUGCAUCAGCAGCCCAUCGAUAGUGAGGAAGUUCGAGGCGAUGCUGCAGGAGAACGAGGGGAAAGUUCUGACGGAGGCGGUGUUUACCACCUGCGCUGUUCCCGCUAACUCCCAUUGCAACGUGGGCUGCUGCCACAACCGCUGGUCCUGCGACGGGAACCGCUUCGGCAGCAGCAGGUCGUCCACCUACGUGCCUGUCCAGAAGAGCCUGUCUGAAGUCAACAUAGUGAGUGCUGCUGGGAGAGACUUGAUGCACGACUACAGGCCCGUUGAGAACCCUAGAAGUCCUAGAAGCCCUGAGAGAGAGAGUCAUGUACAACCUGGAAACAAAGACCUAGCCGUUUCACACAUCUUUCUUGACCUUACCUUAGAGUUACCCCCUCCAGGCUUCAACCCUCCAGGCUUCAACCCUCCGGGCCCCAACCCUCCGGGCCCCAACCCUCCGGGCCCCAACCCUCCGGGCUCCAACCCUCCGGGCCCCAACCCUCCGGGCCCCAGUAGGAAUAAGAUGCUGGAACAGGCCACUGCUGAGUUUAACAGGACUCUCUUCCAGGCUGAGAUGGGUCGAGGGAUGGAGGACGAUGAGGCGGAGGACAGUUUUACCUCAGCGGGUGUCUCUAAGCGGGGCACACCAGACGGUACGACGGUAUGUGGCGAGGUCACACACGGGGUCACCAGGGAGACGAACUUUGACCUCCCGCCACGGCACAACACAGAGGUCAGACAGAAGGAGGUGAUCUGGGACAUCACAGCUCAGAAGCUGAGUUCAGGGAUCAAACUGAGCCAGGCCCUGGCCCCAUCUGACCCUCAUCCAGGAGUCACCGUCAGGACCUUUGACUCCUCUGCCACCACCUCUGACCUUUCACCCCAACACCCAGAAGUUACGUUUAGGAACAUGCCUUCUAACCCGGCAACACGCUGCCCUGAGGUCAAACACAAAGCUGGACCCCCCAACAGCCUAUCUAAGCCCACACUGAACAGGUCCAUCUCUGGUGAAUACAAGCAGCCUGCCCAGGCUACACAUACGGCUCCAGAACCAGAGGUGAGUGCCAGUCCUAAGAGGGACAACAAGGCCCAAGGAGAGAGGCCUCAUUCAGUUAAGUCGUGCCCAGCGCCCCAGCCUCCUACAAACCCUAGGCCAAGGCAGGUUGGGCAACCUGGGUGUCGCCCAACCACAAUGCAGGACACCCCUAAACCUGACGCUGGGGGGCCAGGACUCUGUGUGCCUGGAGCUGGGGGGCCAGGACUCAGUGUGCCUGGAGCUGGGGGGCCAGGACUCAGUGUGCCUGGAGCUGGGGGGCCAGGACUCAGUGUGCCUGGAGCUGGGGGGCCAGGACUCAGUGUGCCUGGAGCUGGGGGGCCAGGACUCCGUGUGCCUGGAGCUGGGGGGCCAGGACUCCGUGUGCCUGGAGCUGGGGGCCAGGACUCUGUGUGCCUGGAGCUGGGGGCCAGGACUCUGUGUGCCUGGAGCUGGGGGCCAGGACUCUGUGUGCCUGGAGCUGGGGGCCAGGACUCUGUGUGCCUGGAGCUGGGGGCCAGGACUCUGUGUGCCUGGAGCUGGGGGCCAGGACUCUGUGUGCCUGGAGCUGGGGGGCCAGGACUCUGUGUGCCUGGAGCUGGGGGCCAGGACUCUGUGUGCCUGGAGCUGGGGGCCAGGACUCUGUGUGCCUGGAGCUGGGGGCCAGGACUCCGUGUGCCUGGAGCUGGGGGCCAGGACUCCGUGUGCCUGGAGCUGGGGGCCAGGACUCCGUGUGCCUGGAGCUGGGGGCCAGGACUCCGUGUGCCUGGAGCUGGGGGCCAGGACUCCGUGUGCCUGGAGCUGGGGGGCAGGACUCCGUGUGCCAGGUGUCUAAUUACGGGCGCUGUGGAGAGGAUCCUGAAGAGCUAUGAGAACACUGCCUGGACCCAGCGGUACCAGAACCAUACCCAACCCACUGAGUCCAGCCCUAACCCUAACCCUGGACGCAGCCCCAGCCCUAACCCUGGCUUCAGCCCCAGCCCUAGUCCUAACCCUAACCCUGGACGCAGCCAUGGCCACAGUCCUAACCCUGGCUUCAGCCCCAGUCCUAACCCUGGCUUCAGCCCCAGUCCUAACCCUGGUUUCAGCCCCAGCCCUAACCCUGGUCCUAGCCCCAGUCCUAACUCUAACCCUGGCUUCAGCCCCAGUCUCAGUCCUAAUCCUGGUCCUAGCCCCAGUCCUAACCCUGGCUUCAGCCCCAGUCUCAGCCCUAAUCCUGGUCCUAGCCCCAGUCCUAACCCUGGCUUCAGCCCCAGUCUCAGUCCUAAUCCUGGUCCUAGCCCCAGUCCUAACCCUGGCUUCAGCCCCAGUCUCAGCCCUAAUCCUGGUCCUAGCCCCAGUCCUAACCCUGGCUUCAGCCCCAGCCCUAAUCCUGGUCCUAGCCCCAGUCCUAACCCUGGCUUCAGCCCCAGACAGGAAGAGGAACUCAUGGAUCUUCUGGCGGAGAUGAUGGACAAGGAUUACUGGGAUCACCCAGGCCCUGCCUCUGGACAGUCCUCCUACACACACUCUCACCACAGCCAGCUGACCAGCUCCCAUGGAGAGACCAGGCUGACCAGCUCCCAUGGAGAGACCAGGCUGACCAGCUCCCAUGGAGAGACCAGGCUGACCAUGCAGGAGUGUAAAGUGUCUUCCAGCUCCUCAUCAGUCCAGAAGAAUUUCUCUCGUCCGGCCUGUCCAGCCAACCGCAGGCCACCGUCACGCUGGGCUAGUUCCUCUUCCUCCUCCACCUCUUCUUCCUCCUCCUCCACCCCUAUAAACCAGCCCUCUCCGGCUCCUCCCACAAACACACCUCAUUCUCCUACUCAGCCUAUCACACGGAGACGGUCAUCAUCUGACCCGCCCAGCUGA